UAGUAAACUUACCGCCGGUUACGGUCCACCGUAGGGUAUGUCGUGAUGUACGAUUGUUGGGGUCGACUUUUUCUACUCCCCUCUCUCCGGAGUGGAGAGACAGCAUGGCUGGUAUACUGCUCAUCUGAGGAAAACACCUCACUGCUGUUACAUCCCUGUUCCCCAACAGUACGACUUCGCCCACUGCCCCUGGCAUAGUGUAAAAAAGAAAAGUUGUAACAAGUCACUAUUGGUUUUUAGUAAUCUGACUUUGAACACCUGGUUGAUUAUAGAACCGCCUUUUAAAUAUGACUUGGAUUUUUCCUCCUAUUCAGUUAUAAUGCUACUUAUUAAACCAUACAGUCUGAAUUCAACUGCAUAAAUAAAUUCACUUUAUCUUGCACAUUGCGAUUCGUAAAGUAAAAUGAUUUUUAUAUUUAAACCCCAUAAAUAUCUUGUUGCAUUUCUCACUGAUCCGACGAGUUAUGGGCGCUGAUACGAUUGUUCUUUGUGAUCCUACUGUACUAAGAGAAGUCACUUGUUAGUGUUACAGUUAGGGAAUUUGUGCGGUGUAGUCAUGGUGUUUCCGGCGGAUGAUCGACGAACCAGCUUUACUGCAUUCUCGUUUGUUGAGGGGUUUGUAAGAGUUUUCCACGAAACUCAUUCACACAUUUUCUAUAGUUGGUUUGUAAGGCUUAGUUUUGUUUAUACGAGUGGAUCACAGAUUAAUAUCAGUUAAAGAACCAUUGAAAACCAGCGAGUACUCGACAGCUGUUACAUACUAGUUUGGGAAUCAUCGGCAGGGUUUGAAUUUUAUUUUAAUUUUUAAUUUUUUUUAUUUUUGAUUACAGCUUGAUUCCACACUAUUUUUGGUACAAGUAUGGAAUUUUCAGUGUGGAUAUCGGUAGGCCAAAUUUCGCAGGCCGACCAUAGAUAUCAGGUGUGCGUCGGCGUGGGCUCGAACCCGGACCAUGUGCAUGGUCGGCGAGAGUCCUAACCACUGUGCCACCGACGCACAGAACAUACCGGUUACAAGGCGAGCUAGCUCUUAUCCAUUCAGCCACUGGGACCCGAUUCACUGGCCAGGUCAUGAAUUCUAACUUCCACCAAUUCGUGAUUUAGCGCAACCCCAACCAAUGUCAUUGGUGGGACAUCUAUCCUCACACGUGACUGGAUGGACCUCACUGGUCACGACUUCUCACUAGAACUCCAGGAAACUGCAUCCAGUAGCAAGUCGCUAGCGAGCAUCAGAUUAAUUUUCUAUAGUUGAUUUGUAUACUGAGGGACUGUCGCUGGUGUACCAGAAACGUAAGAUUUUGGUAGAAAAGUGGUGAAAAUUUUUUAAGUCGAAACUUUACUGACCUCAACCAAACUUCGUUUCUUAUCCAUCAUUUAGCUGACGAUUAGGUUUUUAAAGAAUUGGUCAUUUAGUGUUGUUACUAACUUUUUGCUGAUAUUGUAUCCUUGUGUACUUCCAACAAAGGCAGAUUUCUGAAGCGGUCUGUUAAUAAUUCCUUUCAUACUGUAUCUCUAUGUUGGGUAUGAAUAAUUAGUUGGUGCAUUUGCACUGUUGCUGUUUUUUUUUCCAGAACUACAAAUAUAGUCUCUAAUGCUGGGAGUCUUCGAUCUCGACUUGCUACCACAAGAGCUUCCACAUACAACGAUAACAUCAUGUCUUUGUAGUGGUGCUGUAUUCACCGGUUCUCAACGGUCCAAGGGUAAAAAAUACAAUGUUGAAGUGACAAUACAAUAUGUUGAUAUGCAGCAAAAGAUGAUAUACGGAUUCAUGAAAAUUGAGAAUUUGACCCAGGAAUACCCCAGUCUAACUACAUAUUUUGAAGGAGAGAUAAUCAGCAGAUUGCAUCCUUUCUUAACAGGUAAAUGGGAUGCUACAAUGGAAACAGAUGUCUUACACUGGGAAAAAAUCCCUGCAACAAGCUCUUUGGGAAACUUUCACAUCGAUAGUUUUGAUUAUUCUGUUUUGGAGAAAUCUGAUACCAUUUUUAUGAGAUGGAAGGAGAAGUUCAUUGUUCCUGAUCCUGGUUUGAAACACAUAGAAGGUGCAUCAUUUGCUGGAUUUUACUACAUUGGUUUGCAGAAAUCUAUUGGUCAUAUUCUAGGAUAUUACUAUCACCUUAACUCAGAAAUGUUUCAAUCACUUGAACUAAAAUAUAAACCAGAGUGUACACCAUCGAUUUUUCAACUUCGUUGA